AUGGUACCUCCACGUCGUCGCUCGUCGAGAAUUCGGGGCGGCAGUGCUGCACCUAGGACAGCGCAUUAUGGUUCUACUAACCUUGGAGCCGUCACGGAACGCGAUGAGACUCCUACGGGCGAGAAUCAAAUGAAUCUUGAUUCAAUUGUAUCUUCCCCAAUGGUCCCCCGAACUCCAGCGACCGCACCUCGUCCCAAACCAUCCCGCGAAGACAUGCAUCCUAGCAAAGCCCAUCAGAGUACAACUAAAGAGCCCGAUUCUGGCCUACGACUCGGGUUUUCCGACAUCAACGGAAAUGGUGGGGAUCAACCAUCGGGAGUAACACAGAAAUCGCCGUCAAAGACAGGAAUCUCUUCUUCUUUUGACUUUCGGUUUGCUCGACCUGGUCCAGAACUCGGAGAGGAUGCUCAGCGCCUGAUGGAUGAGCUGCGCGAAGAGGCCAUGAAGAUCAAAGCGCACCUAGCGAAAGAGAGAGAAGAUAAGCGCCAAGCUGAAGAAGAAGAACAACAGCAGAGGGCUGAUGAGGGUCAGGCUGUCUCUGGCCGGAGGAUUGCGCAACCGAAGGGUAAGGCAGGCCGUUACAGCGACGUCCAUAUGGCAGAGUUUAAGAAGAUGGACUCUAUCGCCGGUCAUGCUUCUGCAUUCAGGGCUCAACCAGGCCGAUUUGCACCAGCGGCCCAAAGUCUCAAGCGAACCCAAUCGAAGGCAAACCUGGACAGCAGGGAGGAGAGCAACACAAAGAGCAUGCAGCCGGCACACAAGCCAGAAGGUAGCGAGCGCCUGGAGAAUACUGCGCCGGCGAAGCGAGCUCGUAAAGCAAUCGCUGAUGAUACCUCGUCAGCUAGACCCAUCUCUAGAAGUGGUGUGCCAGUUCCAUCUACUCCCAAGCAAGCUCGAUCCUCCGCAUUUCUUGAUGCUAUCACAACUCCAACGCAAGCUUCUCUUGCUAGAACGACGAGCACAAAAGGCCCCACUUCGCAGAUUCCUACCCUGUCCAAAUCUCCUUCGAAGCCAAAUCUGCUGAACGGGACACCUGGACGGCUACAGAAGUCUGCUACCUUGAAUAAUGUGUCAAGUCUUCCAAAAUCCGCUUCAAAGAUCGCCUUAAAAAGCCCUGGCAGAUUUGAGCGCGUUAGGUCGAUUCUUAGACACGUUAGCCCGAGCCAUAAGAAGUCGGCUGCCAAGCAGUCAUCAAUUCCCUCGUUGAGCAGAAGUCCCAGCAAGCCAAAUUUUGACAAAGCACUCCCAUCAGUCCCAACAACCCCUGUUGCCGCAAAGACAGUCAAAAAUAUAAAUUUCACACCAGAUACCACAAAAAAGACAUCCGCCGCCGCGUUUCAAAACUCUCCUUCGCCCCAAAAAUCUGGAAUUCCUCGAUCAAAGUCGAAUAGGAGCAUGAAGAGCUCUGCUUUACCAUCUGACUCCAGAAUCGCUUACCCCAAUAUCGCAUCUAACCCGGAUGUUGUGACAAAGCGUCCAGAGGUUGAGUACCCAUCCCUCACCGGGGUGCGACCUCUUCCUCCUAUCCCACAUGCCGAAUCAUCGCGUCCCCCACCUUCAGUUCCUGGCACUUUCACAUUCCGCAGUGAUCACACGAUUGAUUUCGGUGCUUCUCCUAAAUCUUUUGGCUCAUCUUCCGGCCAAGCGAGUAUCCGCCAAGUCCGCCCAAGCGUUUCUCAUUCAAUGCCUGGGAGCUUUCCAGGAAGCAACAAGGAAAACACCGAACCCCUUCCAGCAGUCCCUCAUGGUAUAGUCAACAAGAAACGACGCCGUGCAGAAUCCGACGACACAGAGGACGAUGCUGAUCGCUCUCCAAAAAAGCAAAAGGCUCAGGUGGCUGAAGGUGCGGCGCUCGUGGCACCACGUCUCAUUGCUACACCUAAACCAAAGCUCAGCAGUGCCGCAGCGUCACCAAAGAAGGGUGUCCUGAGUAUGAGUCGUCUGAACAUGCUUGCCCGGCCUAAGAUGCGAAAGUAG